ACCGACAAAGGCAUUGGAGCAUAAAUAAGCAGACUGUGCCAUCCCGUCUUCACACAAACUUGCCUCGAUAGUUUUCAUUUACAGUUAACACCAGACAAAAAUUAUAAAACAGCUUCCGUCAAUCAUUCUGAUUUUGCAUACGACUAUCCAAACUAUGGAUUCCAAGGCCAACAAGCUCCCCUACAACCUUCCCGACGAUGCAGUCUGGUUCAUAACCGGCUGCUCCACCGGGAUUGGCAACUCCCUGGCAAAACUCCUGCUGCAACACCCAACGUACCGCGUCGUCGCCACGGCCCGCAAACCCUCGACGCUGUCGCAGCUUGGCGUCCCAGGCUCGGAGGACCGCCUGCUCGCCACGGCGCUGGACGUGACCUCUACCGAGUCCAUCGACGCCGCCGUGGCCGCCGCGCUGUCUCGCUUUGGCCGCAUCGACGUGCUCGUCAACAACGCCGGGUACGGGCUCUUUGGCGACGCCGAGGCCUGCACCCGCGAGACGGAGCGCGCGCUGUUUGAGACCAACCUCUGGGGUCCCGUGGCCCUCUCCAAGCACGCCGUGCGCAUCAUGCGGGAGGAGAACCCCAAGACCGGGCCCAUCGGCGGCGUCAUUAUAAACGUCAGCAGCAUGGGCGGCUUUAUAACCGUCCCCAGUCAUACGUUUUACCACGCGUCCAAAUUCGCCCUGGAAGGCUUCACCCAAGGUUUCGCCAAAGAGAUGUGCCCAGAGUGGAACAUCCAUUUUUGCAUCGCCGAGCCCGGCGGCGUCCAGACCGAGUUUUCAUCCAACGUGAACCCCGGUCAUCGGCACCCAGCCUACGACGCGCCCGACACGCCGUCCCGCAUCAUCGAGAGCUACCUUGCCAAUCCAGAGUCCAGAAAGUACUGGGCAAAGUCGGAGCCGACGGCGCGGGCCAUGAUUGAGAUAGUCACGGGCGCAAAGGAGGGUGCCAAGGGGCGCAUCCCCGCCCGCGUGCCCAUUGGAAUUGAUGCUUUUACCGCCGUCAAGGCCGAGGCGGUAAAGAUUUCUGCGGAGCUGGAAGAGUUCAAGGAGCUGUCGGUCAGCACGCAAAUAGAACUCAGUGAGGAACUCAAGACCCUCGUUGGGCAUUAGUGCGGGCUCUAAUGUCAUUUGUGUACUGGCGUUGGCAUGGCAA